GACGUUUCUCUUUAUUUACGUGGAAUGAUGGAUGUUUUGUUGAUCGAAUCUGUAGAAUAAUUCACUAAACCAUCUUUGAAAUUUAAUUAAAAGUAUAUCUUAUUGUUGCCAGCACACUGCACAGACAGGAAUAUAAAACAGUUGAUAAUCAAAAAUGAAUUCUGCGACACCAGUCGUGCCGCAGGUGCCGCUGCUGGACGAUGACACCAUCGCCUUUGGUGAAGAGGACAACGCAAACAAACAAUUUGUCCAUCCCUACAUAGUGUUCUUCCACCUAAUAUUCCGAGGAUCGGCUAUAGUGGUCUACAUCCUUUGCGGCUGGUUCUCUGACUCUUUCAUUGCCAGCUUCGUUUUGGUAGUGCUUUUGCUAUCUGCAGACUUCUGGACUGUUAAAAACAUAAGUGGUAGACUGCUGGUUGGGCUGAGAUGGUGGAACUAUGUAGAUGAUGAGGGCAAAUCGCAUUGGGUCUUUGAAUCCAAACAGGUAAAAACACAGAACCGGGUGAACCGCAACGAGAGCCGCCUGUUCUGGCUGGGACUGCUGCUGUGCCCACUCAUCUGGUCCGGGUUCUUCAUCAUCUGCUUGUUCGGCCUCAAGUUCAAAUGGAUGCUGCUGGUGCUGAUAGCGCUGACGCUGACCGGGGCCAACCUGUACGGUUACGUGAAGUGCAAGUUCGGCGCCAAGGAGAGCCUCAAGUCCGCCACCACGGACUUCGUGAAGAAGCAGUUCCUGCAGAACGCAACGUCCUUCAUGUUCACGCAGCCCACGCCGGCAAACACGGCGAACACUGGCGUCGUCUAGCUUCACCGAUACCUAUAGGAUUAAUGUUGUGUUUAGAUUAAAUUAUGAACAAUAAAUUAUCAUUUUAACACUAUUA